UUCCGCGGCUGUCACGGCGUUCAGUGGAGAGAUGAGGAACCAUAGAAUCCGCGCCGUCGGGGAACGAGAAAUACUAACCAUGGUGCUAUAUUAACACCUCGUCCGAAAACUCAAUAGGACUGCUUACUGUCAGGGGAACGUCUGUUUAUUAGCGUAGCAAAGUUAGGACUGCGGGGGUAAGCGGACGUCCACAGAGUAUAAUGAAACCUCCACUUGUGUAUUAGGGGCUGAAGCGGAGGAAAGCGAAGAAAUCCCUGCAUGUUCCAAGUCUCGUGCUUCUGCGAGGGACAUCGCUGGAGGUGUUUCGCCCGCCGUCGCAGAAGCUGGGAAGUUGGACGGAGUGAUUUUUUGGGGGGUAUUUUUCUGGUCCCCGUCCCCCUUUGCCGUCACAACCAGGAGACAACAAGAAUAUUUCCCUGAUGAAAAUCAAUCUUUGGAGCGGUUCCAUGAUCGUGACUAUGAUGAUGUCGAGUAAGAGCGCGGAAUGGCUGCAAGAGGAACUGGAAUCUGGGGCGAGCUGCUCGCUCCUGCUGCUGGACUGCCGCUCGCACGAGCUCUACGAGUCCUCUCACGUCGAGUCGGCCAUCAACCUGGCCAUCCCGGGCUUGAUGCUCCGGAGGCUGAAGAAGGGCAACCUCCCGAUCCGGUCCAUUAUCCCCAAUAACGAGGACAAGGAGAAGUUUGUGAAGCGGUGCAAAACGGAUAUGGUUGUUUUAUACGACGAGGCGACGUCCGAGUGGCAGGAGAACGGGUCAGGGAGCUCCGUGCUGGGUCUGCUUCUGCAGAAACUCAGGGACGAUGGCUGCAAGGCGUACUAUCUCCAAGGGGGAUUCAACAAGUUCCAGUCCGAGUUCCCCGAGCACUGCGAGACCAACCUCGACUGCUGCUGCCCCAGCAGCUCCCCGCCCACCUCGGUCCUGGGCUUGGGGGGCCUGCGCAUCAGCUCCGACUGCUCCGACGGCGAGUCUGACCGCGAGCCUGGCAGCGCCACCGAGUCGGAGGGCAGCCCCCUGCCCAACAACCAGCCGGCGUUCCCUGUGCAGAUCCUGCCUUACCUGUACCUGGGCUGCGCUAAGGACUCAACCAACCUGGACGUGUUGGGGAAGUACAACAUUAAGUACAUACUCAACGUGACACCCAACCUGCCCAACAUGUUCGAGCACGAGGGAGACUUUAAGUACAAGCAGAUUCCCAUCUCCGACCACUGGAGUCAAAACCUGUCUCAGUUCUUCCCCGAGGCCAUCUCCUUCAUUGACGAGGCGCGGGCUCAGAAGUGUGGUAUCCUGGUCCACUGCCUGGCGGGCAUCAGCCGCUCGGUGACCGUCACCGUGGCCUACCUGAUGCAGAAGCUCAACCUGUCGCUCAACGACGCCUAUGACUUCGUCAAGCGCAAGAAGUCCAACAUCUCGCCCAACUUCAACUUCAUGGGCCAGCUGCUGGACUUUGAGCGGACGCUGGGCCUCAACAGCCCCUGUGACAACCACUCCUCCUCGCCCACCAAUGAGCAGCUGUUCUUCACCACGCCGACCAAUCACAACGUGUUCCAGCUGGACACCCUGGAGUCCACAUGAGGACCCACGGCGUCAGGGCGUUUCUAUUCAGGAGAGAGGUUGGGCGGAGGGGGAGAGGGGAAAGGGGGAGUGUCGAGGAAGAUGGUGGCAGCGGCGGAGGUGGUGGUAGUUUUGAUGUUGCCACGGUAACACGGGCUGCGUGCAAGGAGGGAGCAGCCGGUUUUAAUGAAUGUUUUAGUCCCCCCCCGACGUGGCCAGAGGCCACUGGAGUUGCAUUAUGAAGGGGCAGGACCGGUCAUUGAUGACAGGUGACCGAGAACCAAGGGAGCCCGGCGAGGAAUGCUAAAGCUAUUUGUUUCUGUGUUCCGGUUGAGUUCCUGAUUGUCGCGCUGUGGCGAUGGCCAAACAAAAAUGGGGGAGGCGUGAUAACCGACGACAAAACAAUACACGUCCUAGAGGGAAAAAAAGACAGAGGAAAAGGGACAAGGGAGUGAACGCGACAGCAGGACAGAUAGCUUCAUACAAAGAUGGCAACACGGAAAUCCACACAGUGCUUAAUUUAUGAGACGUCGUCCUCUAUACGUUUCUCAGCCAUUGCACUGAGUUGACUGGUGCCAAGUGGAGGAAAUCCCACUCUACUGAAUGUAGUGGAGUUUUUAAAAACCAAGGAAUUAACAAAAAGUGUGUAUGUUUGUGAUGUAUGUAUGGUAACUUACAAAGCAGAACAUGUAUGGGCAGACCUUAAUAAGUGUGUGUCUAUGCAUUUUUUUUGUUAUUCUUGUGUACAUUGACGUACCGAUGUAUACUUUAUAUAUACGCAUACAAAAAUUGUAUCUUUGUCCAAAAAUAUAGAGUAAUCCAAUCUCAUGAACGCUUAGGAAAUUGUAAGGCUGAAGAAGAAGAAGCAAGGCCUGCGACCGGGCGUUGGGAUAUCUCUGGUCGUCUUUCUUUUCGUUUUUUGCGUUGGUUUUGUUUUCUUUGACGUUUUUUUAUCCCCCUAGGUUGGUAAUGACCUAAUGCAGUUUGCACAGUGGCGUAGCCAUUAACUUGUUGGCACUUGACGCCAGUGCUCGGGCCAGGCAGAUAAAGAGACAUUCAGAGAGGAGGCGUGGGGAGGCCAGUCCCAGGCCGCGACAGGAGCCGCCAGCUAUAAAGGCCCUUGGGGAGGGAGUCGGGACUAGGGCUUGGCUGGAGGGCUGCUUUGGCUGGGCUCAAGGCUAAUGGCAUGAGGCUAGGUUAGCUGAAUAGUUUGGUGCUCAGGCUAAGGUGUUAAGAGUUGUAAUUAGAGCCAUGAUUGUAUUGAUCUUAGAUUAAACCACUUUAUCACCAUCUGGUAUACGGUUGGACUUUAUAGGAUUUUGGUUGAUCCAAAUGUCUCAACGGAAGCUAGCAGCUACUAGCUCAAGUUACGCGUCUCAUUUCCUUUCCAGUAAGAAGUGUACUUCUUUACGUACAGUUGUCUUUCUUUUUAAGUUAAUUCCAACAACGACAAAAUUCCCACAAAACGUUUGUGGAAAACUCUUGCGAAGCAACCUUGCACAAAGAAGUGCCUGAACACUUUCAUGCUGAUGACGUUGCCCUAUUGCUUGGCCCCAUCGCUGGGUCCAUGAGCUAGAAUGUUCCAAAAAGUGACGUGGUACCAAUAGGUUUAGAGACUGGGGUUGCUGGUGGAUUGUCUUGUCUUGAAGGCUUGAGUCUGGGAUCAGUAGCAUUAGGCUAUGGGUGUAGCUGGUAAGGGUUUGAUGGAGCCCUGUGUGAGUGGGGAGUAAUCGGGGAGGGAGGGAGGGAGAACUGGGACUGGCCUCAGUAACAGACUGCACUUAAGACGAGUAGGCUCCGACUGAAUCCACUUCCCACUCCUGCAUUGCAGUUGGAGAGGAGAGAAAGGAGAUCAUUGUGUUCAAAGAAUCACCUCUUUCUCUCGAAAAACGAUUAAUGUCCGAGUCGAUUCACCCUUAAGCCUUGGGUAGAUUAUAUAUGUAAUAUAAUAGAAUAUUACAGACUCAAAGAUGAUUACAGUGCUAAUGGUGAAAGAGUCAUCAUGCUGGCCUAUUACAUGGCCUCUCAGAGGUGCUGAAUGCUCUCUUGACAGUAAGGUUACCCCAGGGUUAGAUGUUGCUCUAACCAUUUGGGAGGAGGAUGAUGAGAAUCGUUUUUUUAACUACUGUUCCCGCCACUGGUCACAGUGGUGGACAGUAUGUAGCUGGGAGGUUUCUAAGACCGUGUCCACAUCACCAGUGCUGGCCUGAAUGAGCCAAGUCAACCUCUUUUACCAAAUUGUUGUCCUAACUAAGAAGACCCGACAAACCUGCCCCCCCCUCCGAGGCAUUCUGUAACAUUCCGCUUUAAUACAAUUUCCAAAGCACUUUUAGUAUUUGAGGGGGUAAACAUGCAACAUCAAGUGUAUGCAUACAGCGGUUUGUGGCAGAAUGUGGGAGCAAAUGGGUCAAAGCACGAUAAGAUGUUGUUAGCUUAGAUGCUAUGUGAUGUGGACAGGGUCUUAAACGGAAACAAAGAACUGGGUUUCAGGAGGGAAGACUGCUGAAUCCGACCAGGCUUUAUCAUAGCUGGCCUUACAUAUUCUUUCUAACUUCUUUCUAAUGCUGACUGUUCAAUACUCUUUGUAUCUCACUUUAGACAAAGAUUCUUCUUAUGAUGUAAAAUAACAUGUUUGUUAUCUGUUGUUUGAAUCAGAACGUAACGUCAUACUGGGCAAUGAGCUGUCUUUUACUGUAACGGGUCAACGCGGUCUUUUUGUAUUACUCUGCAAUAUAUCAAACACCGUUUUGCAGUAUUUUAUAGAUCCAAGACCUCUGAAUUUUUAAUUAUUCUUUUGUACUCUGUUAUAUAUAAUAUAUACAUAUACCGUAUUACUAGAACAAGAUCCUGCUCAAUUGCUUUGGGCUGAAGUUUAAUUUCACCUAUGGUGUCCAAAAUAUGUACAGGACUGUUUAGUACUCACUAAAUGACCCGUCAUCUGACGCAUACCCACAAACGCACACACCCAUUCGACCCCUCAAACAAGCCCUCAAACAUCUGUGGUUUAGCAUGCCCGUUUUGUUCACAAUGGAAGAACAGGCCACCUGAUUUCAAUAAUGACUAGCUCUUUUUUGUUUUCAAUUAAUGUCUAUGCUCUAUUCCUGUGGCCUUUCAAUAUCAACAUAUAAAUAUAUAUAUCUUUAUAAAAUAUAUAUGUUAGGGGUUUAUAUGCAAUUUUCAUUUCCUAAAAUGGCAUCAGAGACGAGAAUAAUACUAUUAUGCUUGAACAGACUUCCCUUUCUCCGAAGUCACAUCCCACUUUCCAACUUUAUGACUUGCACCCUAGGAUUGAAAUAUAUUUCAGUAAACUGAUCUUUUCUAUUUAUUAGAUAACUAUUCAUUUCAAGCUGCUUCUCUUGUCCUUUUCCUUUUCUCUGUGUCUUUGUAACAACUGAAAGAGCAACUUUUUUCGUUUUUUUCCGCGGUUUGUAAAUUUGCCAGAUAGCAGGAACGCCGGUUUCUGUGUUUCUUGUAGCUACCCCUGGGUGAGAAUGUUGGGUCACUCCGAAGGAAGAGAGUGAAUAGCAAGCAGCGGGGGUCAAAGGACUCACAGGGCGCAUUAAAGCAAAGUCAAAGUGAAUGAUUUCAAAACGUUACCUCACUGAGGAAAUUUUCAGGGAUUUUAUUGUUUUGUUUUAUUUUUUGGACAAUGCAUCUUGAAUCGUGUUACAGCUUAACACAAUUUGAAUAGCUGUUUUGUAUUGUGCUGUAAACAGUUUUUAAAAGAUGCAAUCUGUCUCUUUAUUAAAAGAGGGGGCAUGUUUACCGCAGGCAAUUCACCGGCCCGUGUGAAGAGAUGAAAAUAUGAUUACACCUGCGUAUUGUACAGUAUGUGGAAAUAACACGAGACAUGUUUAUACCGCAAAUAAAUAUUGAAUUAUUUUUUCUUUAAUACGUGCUUCUGGGUUAUUUUUUAAAUUGUGCAGAAGAGAAGUCAUUGCUGCCUUUUAGGACAACGUCCAUGUCACUUCUUUCCUGUCAUUCUAUUAAUUAAGUAGUACAAACACAAAUAGAUUACCUAUAUACUACUCGUAUAAUUAGUAAUAUCCUCACUAGUAAUAAUAUUCUUAAUGUGUACCAGACGGCUAAAUUAGUUGUGAGAUCCUGCAUCUGAUACCUCGGCUGACGUUGCGUCUCAGUUAGGAUUUUACUGAAUGUGAGUUUGGAAACCAGCAGUAAAACGUUGACCGCUGAGAGGAAGAGGAGUUGGCUGUUAUGUGGCUCUCUCUCACUGUGUGAGACUUCCUCACACACACAAACGUACGCAGAGACACACACGUAAAUAUGUGGUUUUGAAAGCACCAUGGUUCCUCAAGGUUUUGACGGUGUCACAUCCGAUUGCUUCACCAUCAGUGUUGCUUCAUCCCUACACCACUGUGAUGUGUGUGCAUGUGUGUGCAACUCGCACAAGGACUUGAUUGUUUACUAUUAAACUAUAGCAACACAUUUUUUUUCAAGGCAAAGCCUACGUGGUAAGC